AUGCCGGACCAGAUCUCCGUGUCGGAAUUCGUGUCCGAGACCAAUGAGGAUUACAAGUCGCCCACCGCCUCCAACUUCACCACGCGGAUGGCUCAGUGCAGGAACACGGUGGCGGCCAUCGAGGAGGCUCUCGACGUUGACCGAACAGUUCUUUAUAAAAUGAAGAAAUCAGUGAAAGCUAUAAAUGUAUCUGGGCUGGCUCAUGUGGAAAAUGAAGAACAGUACACUCAAGCAUUGGAGAAAUUUGGAGGCAACUGUGUCUGUAGGGAUGAUCCAGAUUUGGGAACAGCGUUUCUAAAAUUUUCUGUGUUUACAAAGGAGUUGACUGCUCUCUUCAAAAAUUUGAUUCAGAAUAUGAACAACAUAAUCACUUUCCCAUUGGACAGUUUGCUUAAGGGAGACCUAAAAGGAGUGAAAGGGGAUCUGAAAAAACCUUUUGAUAAGGCUUGGAAGGACUACGAAACAAAAGUUACGAAAAUAGAGAAAGAGAAAAAGGAGCAUGCUAAGCUACAUGGAAUGAUCCGUACAGAAAUAAGUGGAGCUGAAAUUGCAGAAGAGAUGGAGAAAGAAAGACGGUUCUUCCAGCUUCAGAUGUGUGAGUACCUUCUGAAAGUCAAUGAAAUCAAGAUUAAAAAAGGAGUUGACUUGCUUCAGAAUCUGAUCAAGUAUUUUCAUGCACAGUGCAAUUUCUUCCAGGAUGGACUGAAAGCAGUUGAAAGUCUCAAGCCUUCAAUUGAAACACUCUCAACUGAUCUGCACACAAUUAAACAAGCACAGGAUGAGGAAAGGAAACAACUAAUACAGCUUAGAGAUAUUUUAAAAUCAGCACUCCAAGUUGAGCAGAAAGAGGAUUCUCAAAUCCGUCAGAGUACAGCUUACAGUUUACAUCAGCCUCAGGGAAACAAAGAGCAUGGCACUGAAAGAAAUGGUAGCCUAUAUAAGAAAAGUGAUGGAAUCAGAAAAGUAUGGCAGAAAAGGAAAUGCUCAGUUAAAAAUGGUUUCCUUACAAUUUCCCAUGGUACAGCUAACCGACCUCCUGCAAAACUCAAUCUGUUAACUUGCCAAGUGAAAACAAACCCAGAGGAGAAAAAAUGUUUUGACCUCAUAUCACAUGACAGAACCUAUCACUUUCAAGCAGAAGAUGAACAAGAGUGUCAAAUAUGGACAUCAGUGCUACAGAACAGCAAAGAAGAAGCUUUAAAUAAUGCAUUCAAAGGUGAUGAUAACACAGGAGAAAAUAAUAUUGUCCAAGAACUGACAAAAGAAAUUAUAUCUGAGGUUCAGAGGAUGACAGGAAAUGAUGUGUGUUGUGACUGUGGAGCACAAGAUCCUACCUGGCUUUCAACAAAUCUGGGAAUUCUGACUUGCAUUGAAUGUUCAGGAAUCCAUAGAGAACUUGGUGUUCACUACUCCAGGAUGCAGUCACUCACAUUAGAUGUGCUGGGAACAUCUGAACUUUUGCUUGCCAAGAAUAUUGGGAAUGCUGGUUUUAAUGAGAUUAUGGAAUUUUGUCUGCCUGCUGAUGAGACAAUCAAACCUAAUCCAAGCAGCGAUAUGAAUGCAAGAAAAGAUUAUAUUACUGCCAAGUAUAUUGAGAGAAAAUAUGCAAGGAAGAAACAUGUUGACAAUGCAGCUAAACUGCAUAGCCUCUGUGAAGCCGUCAAAGCAAGAGACAUUUUUGGAUUGGUUCAAGUAUAUGCUGAUGGUGUGGAUCUGACUGAAAAAAUUCCACUAGCCAAUGGACAUGAACAAGAAGAAACAGCACUUCACCUUGCAGUUAGAUCAGUUGAUCGAACUUCACUUCACAUAGUUGACUUUUUAGUGCAGAAUAGUGGCAACCUUGACAAGCAAACAUAUAAGGGUAGCACGGCUUUGCAUUACUGCUGUUUGACUGACAAUGUUGAGUGCCUCAAACUGCUGCUGAGAGGGAAGGCUUCUAUUGAAAUAGCCAAUGAAGCUGGAGAGACGCCGCUUGAUAUAGCUAAACGUUUAAAACAUACACACUGUGAAGAGUUGCUUACUCAAGCAUUAUCUGGAAGAUUUAAUUCUCAUGUUCAUGUAGAAUAUGAAUGGCGGUUACUCCAUGAAGAUCUGGAUGAAAGUGAUGAUGAUGUGGAUGAAAAGUUGCAGCAACCCAGUCCUAAUCGGAGAGAGGACAGGCCUGUCAGUUUCUAUCAGCUGGGAUCAAAUCAACUUCAGCCUAAUGUAGCAUCUUUGGCAAGAGAUGCAGCAAAUAUUGCUAAGGAUAAACAAAGAAGUUUUAUGCCUAGUAUAUUACAGAAUGAAACCUAUGGAGCAAUACUUAGUGGCAGUCCACCUCCCAUUCAACCUGCAGUACCUGUUACUACAAGUGCACCUCCCCUACCUCCAAGGAAUAUUGGCAAAGUUCAGCCUUCAAUUCUUGGGAGUGGUGUUCAGACAACUUCUUCAUUUAAUACAAUGUGGAAGACAAAUUCAUUAGGAGUGGAAAAUAUAAGCAGACAGAGAUCUUCAUCAGAUCCACCAGCUAUUCAUCCCCCUGUGCCGCCAUUGCGUGUAACAUCUACAAAUAUACUCUUUCCAGCACCACCACCUCCAGUUGCAAAGACAGCCAGUGUUAUAGAAGCUUUAAACCAGCAGUCAAAACAACCACCAGCUGUUCCACAAUCUAAACCUAUACCACCACCUCUGCCUCCACAACCUCCUAGUAGAAUCUCUCAAAAGAAGCCUGCUACUGGGAUUGACAAGUCAUCUGGUAUAACUAACAAAGGGCAGCCUAGAGGACCAGGAUCUCUGCAACAGAGUUCUUCUCUUGGCCCUGUGUGGAGCACAUCAACACCGAUCCAACCACCAGCACCAAUGCCAAGGAAGUCACAAAUGUCAAAAACUAAACCCAAGAGAGUAAAAGCCAUUUACAACUGUGUAGCAGAUAAUCCAGAUGAACUAACCUUUUCAGAGGGAGAUAUCAUUGUAGUAGAUGGGGAGGAAGAUCAGGAGUGGUGGAUUGGCCACAUUGAUGGGGAACCUAAUCGUAAAGGAGCUUUCCCAGUAUCAUUUGUGCACUUUAUUGUCGACUAA